AUGCUUCUGAGUACUGUCACACUGGCCCUGCUGACCCUGGUAGGGAGCACACUUAGCCAGACCAACCCAGCAUGCCCGCUCCUUGGCCCUGUCUUUCCUCCGGUUCAAAAAGGCUUGGCAAAGUCCGCGGCCGUGAAGACUGCAGUUUCAAGACUCACAGACAAGUUGAACGAGGUUGUGGAAGGAGGAACUGACACCACCUUAUACGUCCAGGCCUUUUCAGGGACAGAAAAGAUCUUCAGCUAUGGGUAUGCUCCGCCAAAUACAUCUGACUCGUUGACAUCGGGAACUCUGGAUGAGAACACUGUGUUUCGUAUCGGAAGUGUCUCGAAACUCGUCACUGUCUACGCGCUGCUGGCAGAAGUUGGAAUGGAACGGCUCAACGACCCCGUCACCAGAUGGGUUCCUGAACUGGCCAAAGCCAUGAAUCAUCGACACGACCCGGCUCAGAGCCCACGAUGGAACGAGGUGACCAUCGGCCAACUUGCCAGCCAUAUGUCAGGCAUAGGGCGAAACUGCAAGUUUCCAGCUUCAGGCGCGAAUCCUGAGCAGUUCGGUCUGCCGACUCUCAAGGUCCAAGAUCUACCAAGUUGCGAUCUUUCAGUUGAUCAAAAGGCUUGCACUCGAAAAGAAUUCUUCCAAGGCAUCACCAGCAGAAAUGCCUUGGCGUUGACAUCAACCUCUAACACGCCCAUCUAUUCCAACACGGCAUUCCAGAUCCUGGGAUAUGCCCUAGAGGCCAUGACGAACAAGGCAUUUGAGGAAUCUCUUCAUUCAUCGCUGCUUAAGCCGCUAGGGCUAGACCGCACAUCCUUGGAGGCGCCCAAGAACAAUAGCAAUGCCGUAAUUCCCGGCAACGAGACCACCUCGUGGUGGGAUGUAACAUUGGCCGGUGCAAGCCCUUACGGUGGCAUGUUCUCGACGGCAGCCGACCUGACAACCCUUGGACAAUCCAUCCUUCGCUCGUCCAUCCUCCCUGCCAACGAGACUCGGGCUUGGCUCAAACCUCUCUCGCAUACCUCGGAGCUGCAAAUGUCCAUUGGAAUGCCGUGGGAGAUCCGACGAGUCCUGCUGCCGACCUCUCCCAAAUCUAACAAGACUCGCGUCGUCGACCUCUACACUAAAAACGGCAUGCUGGGACUUUACAGUGCCUUUUUUGUUCUUUCACCUGAUCACGACUUUGGCUUUGUCAUUCUCCUUGCCAGUGAAUCUUCGGGGCUUGACAUGUGGCCUGUUCUUCCUAGUCUCAUGACUGACACGCUUCUCCCUGCCGUCGAGGAGGCCACAAGGGAAGAGGCCAAAAGAAGAUUUGCAGGCUCGUACAAGAGCGCAAGCGGAGAGCUUGAGGUUGGAGUCGACAGGGACCUCCCAGGAUUGUCAGUCCGGAGCUGGACCAGAGGCAAAGUCGACGUUCCGAGGACGUUCGAGAUGGCUUUCGGUAUGGGAUCCGGCGGGCUCCGACUCUACCCCUCAGGGCUAGAGGGAAAUGGAAAGAUCAGGUUCCUAGGCGUGUACGAGAACCAGAGGGAGGUGCCUAUGCCGGGCACCGUCGAUCCCUGGGUGGAUCUUUGCAUGUCAUGGGGCGGUGUGGAUUCUCUCAAGUACGGCGGUAUUGGCAUUGACGACUUUGAGUUUGAGUUGGAUGGACGAGGUAAAGCAACUGGUAUCAUGCCCAGGGUAUGGAGAGAGACUCUUUCUAGGGUCGCAAAGUGA